CAGUUGGCAGAUGCAAGUCAGUGAUUCGUUUCCAUUUCCCCUUCAAUCCAACCAUUGAUUUCUAGUUCCAUAUUCACAAUUUGUUGACCUAAAAACUAAAACUUUGAUUAUGAUAAAGGAAGGAAGGAUUCUACACGUUUGGCACCCUUCAAAAAGUGAGCUUCCUCGAUGUGGCAUCUCGUAAAUGUUUCGUAUAAUCAUAUCUUUUAGAGUGUUCUGCCAAAUUACAGACACCGACGCACAUAUGCCUUACCCUAGACUUGUCCCAAGUCCCCCUUUUUAAUUUUUCCUUUAAUUAAAACGCGCCAUCUAAAGGGUAUUUUCCUAAGUAAGCGAAGCAAACAAAAACGGGCGCGCAGGGAGGACAGCAAGAGCCAAUUUCUAAAAGCCUUCCAAAAAACAUUGAAAGUUUUAAUUAUUAUGUGGAGACAUAAACUUCGAUCCUCAAAACUGCUUCUACAUUUUUUUUAACUAAUCUUUCAUAAUUCCUGCCGGAUCCAAACAAGACAAACGAUUCCGUGACACAUGAAAGGAAGACGCGAUCAUUAAAAAGUGGGACGCUCACUGAGAGCAUAGUGCGUUUUGCUCACUGAAAAAGGACAUGACUAAGAGAAUGACGAAGGCGGCACUUUUGGCGCUUUGUAUUUUGGCACUGAGCGUACGAGAAGGAUUCACCAAACCAUAUUUCGCGGAUAGCUGCGUAGUUGUGCACAACUCAGUCCGCCAGAAACACGGCGCGCCACAAGUGACCUGGGACCCAGAACUCGCAUCAAGAGCCCAAAUAUGGGCAAACAAACUGAGCAGUGGGGCCGUACUCCCUUGGGAAAUCCAUGAAUCCAGCAGUGACGGUGAAAACAUUGCAUACCUCUCCUCACCGACUUGUAAAGAAGCAGUGGAGUACUGGAUGGACGAGAAGUAUGAUUACCAUGCAAAGGGGUACUGCCUGAGCCCGCCGGACCUGCCGGACAGCUACCUCCUUCACUUCACGCAGGUGGUGUGGAAAGCUACUCGAAGGAUUGGAGUCGGGAUUUCUGGAAAUUGGAUCGUGGUCCGGUACUCCCCUGCUGGAAACUGGGCUGGCCAGUUCGGGGAAAACGUGCAAUGUUAGACCUUAAUAAAUAAAGUUCUGAGCAUGA